GCAUAUAUAUAUGUUGAGGACGACUCACAAGAGCACACAACGGACACGCUACCUCUGAUCCACUCCAAAAUGAAAUAUACGUGGCUUCUUCUGCUGUUCUGCAUGGUGGUGACUGUGGUUCUAGCUGCUCCAGACUCCCAGUACGGUGCCCCAGCUCCUCCACCCCAGUACGGUGCCCCAGCUCCUCCACCUCCCCCUCCAAUGCAUUAUGGCAGCUACGCUCCCCCGCCUCCCCCACCUCCUCCACCUGCCCCGCCUUCGCCGGCUCCCGGGAAGAAAGGUGGUGGCAAGGGAGAUGAGUUGGUCAGCCUUUUGGGCACUCUGUUGAAAGCACUCUUGGGCAAGAAAGGUGGUGGCAAGAAAGCUGCUGCCCCUGAACCUGCCCCGCCUCCUCCGCCUCCACCUCCUCCUCCUCCUCCUCACUACGGCGGCUAUGGCGGCUAUGGCGGCUACGGCCGGUAGACUGGAGGUUACCUGGAGGUUAUUCCGGGGAUCAACGCCCCCGCGGCCCGGUCCAUGAGCAGGCCUCCCGGUGGAUCAGGGCCUGAUCAACUGUUUUCUCCUCAUUAUUCAUUUUCCUCUGCAUUCAUCCAUCAUAUUUAUCAACAUUGUUGACCGUAGUAUAAAAUAAACUAAAGAAAAAGACGAAAUAAAACAUAGUAUAUUACAAAAUCUUGAAAGUGUCAGAGAUGUAAGUGUGAAAUAUGUCAAUGACCCGAAUUCCUCGAGGAAGACCAACACUGUGUACUAACUGUCUGACCAGUAGGAGAUUAUGAACCUUUGAACAAUGUUCAGUACAUCGGGAAGACGUUUAACGACAUCUUCCCAAUUCGUUAGCACUACAUUACCCGUGUGGGCACCAGGGUGGUAGACAACAACCAUCCAGGGAGGUGCUGCGGUCCUGUCAAAUGAGUGUCAAAGAGUAACUCACCCAAGCUAAAUUGUCUCCUCUACCUACCUCCCUCAAUUACAAAAUUUCAUUCGAUCCAUUUCACCUUUGUUUUCGUAAACAAAGAAGCAAUAUGCUUGCUGUGUAUGACAUUUGAUUUAGAAAACAUUUCAUCCACCAGGAACUUCACCAAUUUAUAAAGUUCCUGGUAAACGAAACAUUUUCUCCAUGAAAAGUAAAAAGUUGUGGUUAAAGACACACGAGCAAACAUUUAGGGCAUUUUAUUAUAGCAACAUUUCGGUCCUGGAAACCGAACACGGUCCCAAAACCGAAACUUUUCCAUAAUCUAAGAAAAAGUUCUUUAUGUUUGUUUAUGUGGCUUCACAACUUGCAGGGAUUACAUAAAAAUUUUUUACACCAGAAUACCAUUAAUUGCAUACGAAUAUUGUUUCUUGUUUACAUGUUUUCGGUAUAUAUUUUACCACUUAUACAUAUCACUUGUAUUUUGUAUUCAUUUACUGAAAUAUUCUGUACUUCCCUAUACUAGUCAGUAGAUAGCAAAUGUACGUAG